AUGAGGGGACUGUAUGAAUGCAGUAAAUGCCCAAAGCUUUGGUACGACCUGAACCUUCUAGCUUCACACGAGAUCAGGUGUAAAGGCAAGGAGAGUUCGAAGUACGCGCGGUUCGACGGCGCACAUCGGGCUGAAUACAUACCUCAGUCAACAACUGGCAAAGCGAGAGGCGUGCUCGCCGGGGCAAGGUCUUCCAGUGCCGCACCGAAAGCAUGGAAGUCUGGAGAAGAAGACAUGGCAAAAGGCCUACCGAUAUUCGCCAGAAAAGUCUUCGACACGUUGAUUGACGACCACGGUAGCGACCUGGAUGUCCCGGGAACACUUGUCGCGUUGUAUGACGUCCACACGUCAUGCGUUCCAACGGGAAAGUACUGCCAAGCACACACUACCAUCGAUCCGUCCAUAAGGUCGUACUAUGCUCGCGCGUACAAGUCUACCAACACGAUCGACAAGAGCUUAGAGGAUUUCGCCGCUCGCGGGAUCAAGCCCUUCGUCCUGUCUAUAGGUCUAGAUGGCCUUGCGUGCAAGGUUGAACUGAUACUCCCGUGGCUCAAACGCUCGCCGCCAUUCACCCUAAUAAUCCGGGAGACUGAGUUAGUAUAUGGUAUGGAAGCAGCAUAUUUCCCUCGGCAAGAAUUCAGCUUUCACCAUGGGCUUUUCGAGUCCCACGACCUCCUUGCGGGAUUGUCCACACAAACGGCGGUAGAUGACGCCGACAAGAGCCUACUGGUGGCCUGGAAGGCUUGCCAAGACUGGAAAGACUACGGUCAAGCACACAACGGUCGCUCGAUUGGGCGCGACGGCGAACCGCAACGCGUGCUCAAGAAGGCAAAACGUGGCCCAAAGAUAUCGCCCGUGGCUCCGACUGGCAGAAUCACCAACAUUCUCAAAGCAGCAUGA